AUGGCAUCAGACGAAGAAGUGGACGGUUCUUUUGCAGGGGACGAGGAUGUAGAAGAAGGAGAGGGCCAAAAUGAGAACUCAGCAGAAAGUGAUGAAGCUCCUCCAAAGGAGGAUGAUGACUAUUCACCUGAAGAUGGCAGAAAAAAGAAAAAGGGAAAGAAGAGAAAAGCCAGAGGGGAAGAAAAGAAAGGUAGAAAGAAGAAAAAGAAGAGAAAGAAUGAGAGUGAAGAGGAUGAAGAGUUCGGUCUCGAAGUUGAGGCUGAAGGUGACAGUGACUAUGCCCUGAGUGCAGUUUCAUCCAGUAAGAAGUCGCGAAAGGGCCGAGGCAGCAAACACAACACUUCCACAUCGGUUGCUUCUGAUUCAGGUUAUGGUAUGCCAACAGUGGAGGAAGUGUGUUCAUCCUUUGGCCUCACAGAUGUAGACAUUCAGUAUUCAGAAGCAGAUCUCGAAAAUUUGACUAGCUAUAAAUUGUUCCAACAGCAUGUUCGACCAUUUAUUGUUAAGGAAAAUCCUAAGGUACCAGUAUCAAAACUAAUGAUGUUAGUAGCGGCAAAGUGGCGCCUCUUCUGUGAGACUAACCCACACUUAGAUGGACGAAACAAUCAGAGCAUUGGAGGCUCUGAGGAGAACACAAACACCUCAACAGCUUCAGAUUAUGCACCCAAGAGGAGUGGACGCGUGCCUAAAGAGAAGCAAAUAGAAGAUUCUAUUGAUGAGCCUGAGGAAGAAGAUGAUGACAUGAUAAGUGACGAAAGUACACCAGCGCCACGAAAGAGGGGACGAAAACCUAAACAGGGCGGAACAUCUACACCGCGAGGCAAGCCUGGGCGUAAACCAAAAGUCCCCACACUGAAGAUCAAGUUCAGCAAGAGAAAGAGGACAAGCAGUGAAGAAGAACAAGAACACAGUGCCGGUGCUAACUCCGAUUCUGAUGCUGAGUUUGAACAAAUGCUGGCAGAGGCAGAGGAACCAAAGCCGGCCACUAGUGCCACUGAUGAUGCAGGUGCUCCACAGAAAGAAGAGGAUCCUAAUCUGCCUCCGCAACCAAAGAAGAAGGCAAAGACCAAAAUCGGCAACAAGUCAAAGAAGAAGCGAAAUAAGUUGAAAACAACAAAUAAGUUCCCCGAUGGCGCAGAGGGUGAACAUGAACAUCAAGAUUAUUGUGAGGUCUGCCAACAAGGUGGUGAGAUUAUUCUCUGUGACACAUGUCCGCGUGCUUAUCACUUAGUGUGUCUGGAACCAGAGCUAGAAGAGACUCCAGAAGGGCGAUGGUCAUGUCCACACUGUGAGGCCGAGGGUACUCAAGAUCAGGAUGAUGAUGAUGAGCAUCAGGAGUUUUGCCGAAUUUGUAAGGAUGGUGGUGAACUAUUAUGCUGCGAUUCGUGCCCCUCUGCUUAUCAUCGCUUCUGUCUCAACCCGCCUUUGGAUGAAGUACCAGAUGGUGAAUGGAAGUGCCCACGUUGCAGUUGUCCACCGUUAGAUGGUAAAGUCGCAAAGAUCUUAACCUGGCGUUGGAAGGAGCACAGCGGUAAAUCAAAAGCGCCCCGGUCCCGCGAGUUCUUUGUCAAAUGGCACGAGCGGUCGUUCUGGCAUUGCAGUUGGAUAUCUGAGUUACAGCUGGAUGUUUUCCACCCACUUAUGUACCGGUACUACAUGCGGAAAUCAGACCCUGAAGAGCCCCCUAAACUUGACGAGGCUAUGGAAGAGAGGGAAGGUCGCAGACGAGCCAAUAAACAUGCUAAGCAGGCCGACCCUAACGAGAAAAUGCUUGAGGAGAAAUACUACAAGUAUGGUGUAAAACCAGAAUGGCUGGUGGUUCACCGAGUAAUAAAUCACCGUACAGCACGCGAUGGCACCACCUACUACUUGGUAAAGUGGCGUGAUCUGUCAUAUGACCAAGCUACAUGGGAAUCGGAACACGAAGACAUAGCUGGUCUUAAGAACGCAGUGGACUACUAUCAAGAUAUGCGUGCUUAUAUAACAUCAGAGGGCAAAACAAAAGGAAGUAAAGGCAAAAAAUCUGGUAGGAAAAGUAAGAGGGAUAAUACAGAUGAUGAAGAAAACAGUGGUGGGGUUCAGGGCAGGACUUGUAAAAAAUACAAUCCACCUCCUGACCGCCCCAUAACUAAUUUGAAUAAGAAAUAUGAAGAUCAACCUCCAUUUGUAUAUGAAACGGGAAUGCAGCUUCAUCCCUACCAGUUGGAGGGUCUUAACUGGCUGCGAUAUUCUUGGGGGCAAGGCAUUGACACUAUUCUAGCUGAUGAGAUGGGUCUGGGAAAGACAAUUCAAACAGUGACAUUCUUGAAUUCCUUGUUUAAAGAGGGACAUUGUAAAGGACCAUUCCUAGUGUCCGUACCUCUCUCUACUAUCAUUAAUUGGGAGCGAGAGUUCGAACUUUGGGCUCCAGACUUAUACUGCAUCACAUAUGUAGGGGACAAAGACUCUCGAGCGGUUAUUAGAGAAAAUGAGUUAACAUUCGACGAUGGCGCUAACAGAGGUGGUAGACCAUCAAAAAUCAAGUCCCAAGUUAAAUUCAAUGUUUUGCUUACAUCUUACGAACUAAUAUCAAUUGAUUCUACAUGCCUUGGCUCGAUAGAAUGGGCGGUAUUGGUCGUUGACGAAGCCCACAGACUAAAAAGUAACCAGUCCAAAUUCUUUAGGCUCCUGGCUGGAUAUCAAAUCAACUACAAACUCUUAUUGACUGGUACACCUCUACAGAAUAAUUUAGAAGAACUUUUCCAUCUCCUCAACUUUUUGAACAAAGAUAAAUUCAAUGAUUUAGCUGCAUUCCAAAAUGAAUUCGCCGAUGUUUCAAAGGAAGAGCAAGUGAAGAGGCUGCACGAAAUGCUGGGGCCUCACAUGUUGCGACGUCUCAAGGCCGAUGUGCUCAAAAAUAUGCCGACAAAAUCCGAGUUCAUCGUUCGAGUCGAGUUAUCUCCCAUGCAAAAGAAAUAUUACAAAUACAUCUUGACACGAAACUACGAGGCGCUAAAUCCAAAGAGUGGGGGUCAAACAGUUUCCCUACUCAAUGUUAUGAUGGAUUUGAAAAAGUGUUGUAACCAUCCCUAUCUUUUCCCCGUCGCUGCUGAAGAAGCCCCGUUGGGACCCCACGGCAAUUAUGACACUCAGGCAUUAGUUAAGGCAUCUGGAAAAUUAGUAUUGAUGUCGAAAAUGUUGCGACAGCUUAAAGAGCAGGGCCACAGGGUGCUUAUCUUCUCACAAAUGACAAAGAUGUUGGAUAUUUUGGAGGACUUUUUAGAAGGCGAAGGCUACAAAUACGAGAGGAUUGACGGUGGUAUUACGGGUACGAUUCGUCAGGAAGCUAUUGAUAGGUUUAAUGCACCAGGUGCUCAGCAAUUCGUGUUCUUGCUAUCAACAAGAGCCGGAGGUUUGGGUAUUAAUUUGGCCACAGCUGAUACUGUCAUUAUAUACGAUUCUGAUUGGAAUCCUCACAAUGACAUCCAGGCAUUUUCGCGUGCUCAUCGUAUUGGUCAGGCUAAUAAAGUUAUGAUAUAUAGAUUUGUAACGCGUAACAGUGUAGAGGAAAGAGUUACACAAGUUGCCAAAAGAAAGAUGAUGUUGACUCACUUGGUAGUACGGCCCGGUAUGGGAGGAAAGGGAGCCAACUUUACAAAGCAGGAAUUAGAUGAUAUUUUAAGAUUUGGUACUGAGGAACUAUUCAAAGAGGAAGAAGGCAAAGAAGAGGCUAUUCACUAUGACGAUAAAGCAGUGGGAGAACUGCUGGAUCGUUCAAAGGAAGGUAUUGAACAGAAAGAGUCUUGGGCUAAUGAAUAUCUUAGCUCCUUUAAAGUGGCUAGUUAUUCUACUAAAGAAGGUGAUAAUGAAGAGGAAGUGGAUACUGAAAUUAUUAAACAAGAAGCCGAAAACACAGACCCCGCAUACUGGAUCAAAUUGCUUAGACAUCAUUAUGAACAACAUCAAGAAGACCAGGCAAGAACGCUUGGAAAAGGAAAGAGAGUCCGAAAACAAGUCAAUUAUAAUGACGGAAUCGUCGCUCAAACAGAAAGCAGAGAAGACUCAACAUGGCAAGAAAAUGGAUCUGAUUACAACUCUGACUUCUCACAGGGAAGUGAAGACGACAAAGAAGACGAUGACUUUGACGAAAAGAACGACAAUGGUGAUCUCAGUCGUCGGAGUAAGAGACGUCUCGAGAGACGAGAGGAACGAGACAGACCACUUCCACCACUACUUGCUAGGGUCGGAGGUAAUAUGGAAGUUCUUGGAUUUAAUGCCAGACAACGAAAAUCAUUUCUCAAUGCAAUCAUGCGGUACGGUAUGCCGCCGCAAGAUGCAUUUAAUUCGCAAUGGUUAGUGCGGGACUUGAGAGGUAAAUCGGAGAGGAAUUUCAAAGCCUAUGUUUCAUUAUUCAUGCGACAUUUAUGUGAACCCGGAGCAGAUAAUGCGGAAACAUUUGCAGACGGUGUGCCUCGUGAAAGUCUAUCACGACAACACGUACUGACACGAAUAGGCGUCAUGAGCCUGAUCAGAAAGAAAGUACAAGAAUUUGAACACAUUAAUGGUUAUUACAGUAUGCCUGAGUUAAUAAGAAAGCCAGUAGAGCCCGUUAAAAUAGCCGGCGCGGAGAGUGCAGCUCCCAGCCCGGCGCCCUCAACCGCUACUCCCAUUACAUCAGCGGCACCAUCGCCCGCGCCGACGCAAGUCGCACAGACUUCAGGACAAGCCCCCACACCAGGAGGGUCAGAUAAAGACGAAAAGGAGGAACCAAAAGAUGAAAACUCCGAUUCAAAAGAUAGCAAAGAUAAGGACGAACCUAUGGACACCAGUGAUAUUAAAGAAGAAGUUAAAACUGAAGAAAAGGAACCUAAAAAAGAGAUUAAAGAGGAAGUUAAAGAAGAACGACGAAUGUCCGUUGACGAAGAGCCGCCUAAAGAGGAAGAGAAAUCUGAGGAGAAGAAGCCAGAACCGAAAGAUGACAAAGAUAAGGAGGAUGACAAAAAGGAUGACGCAAAGAGUGAGAAAGCUGAGUCAGAAGCGUCUGAAAAGCCUAAAGAUGAGAAGAAAGACGAGGAUGACGAUGACGUGGUUCUUGUUAAAGAGGAGGAAGAUCUCAAAGUUGAGCGCCGCAAGUUUAUGUUUAAUAUUGCUGACGGAGGGUUCACCGAGUUGCAUACUCUAUGGUUGAACGAAGAGCGGGCUGCGGCACCCGGUAGAGAAUAUGAGAUAUGGCACCGGCGACAUGACUACUGGUUGCUGGCUGGUAUAGUUACACACGGCUAUGGGCGAUGGCAAGACAUCCAGAAUGACCUUCGCUUUGCAAUCAUUAACGAGCCAUUCAAGAUGGACGUCGGCAAGGGCAACUUCCUCGAAAUUAAGAAUAAGUUUUUGGCGAGGCGGUUUAAGUUACUGGAGCAAGCGUUGGUUAUCGAAGAACAGUUGCGUCGUGCGGCCUAUCUGAACCUGACGCAGGAUCCCAACCACCCUGCCAUGUCGCUGAAUGCCCGAUUUGCUGAAGUGGAAUGUCUUGCUGAAUCUCAUCAACACCUCAGCAAGGAAUCUUUAGCUGGCAACAAACCCGCUAAUGCAGUGUUGCAUAAGGUGUUGAAUCAGCUGGAAGAGUUACUCUCCGACAUGAAGUCAGACGUGUCUCGAUUGCCCGCGACACUCGCGCGCAUCCCCCCAGUUGCGCAACGUCUUCAGAUGUCCGAGCGGUCUAUACUGUCGCGACUUGCCGCUACAGCUGGCAACCCCGUACCGGCUGGUCAAAUGCCGCAAUUCCCACCCGGUUUCGCACCCACUGGAACCCUGCCGGGCUUUUCAGCGGCGGCCACUGCUGCAAACUUCUCCAACUUCCGGCCACAAUAUUCAGUGCCCGGACAACCUGCAACACCAUCAUCUAAUAAAUCGUAA